AUGAAACGGUUUUUCCAAGUAAUAGAGAAAGAUUCAGAGAAAGGUUUGAAGAAAGCGAAAGAGAAUGAAAAAGAAGAAGAGAACGAAAACGAAACGAACAAGGAAGGACCACUGAAGUUCGUGAGUUGGAACGCCAACAGUUUAUUCCUUCGCGUGAAGAACAACUGGUCCGAAUUCUCCAACUUCAUCACCACCUUCGAUCCCGAUGUCAUCGCCAUUCAAGAAGUUCGAAUGCCCGCCGCUGCUUCCGGUUCCCAAUCCAAGUCCGCUCCUAAAAAUCAAGGUGAAAUUAAAGAUGAUACUAACUCCGCCAGGGAAGAAAAAAGGAUAUUGAUGCGUGCACUUUCAAAUCCACCGUUUGGAAACUAUCGUGUUUGGUGGUCUCUUGCAGAUUCAAAAUAUGCAGGGACAGCACUAUUUGUGAAAAAAUGUUUCAAGCCAAAAACUGUUGUUUUCAAUCUUGAUAAAAUAGCUUCAAAACAUGAACCAGAUGGCCGGGUAAUCUUAGUUGAAUUUGAAACAUUCCGUUUGUUGAAUACAUAUGUACCAAAUAAUGGGUGGAAAGAGGAGCCAAACUCAUUUCAAAGGAGAAGAAAAUGGGACAGCAGAAUCCUGGAAUUUGUUCACCAAAAUUCGGACAAGCCUUUGAUAUGGUGUGGGGAUCUGAAUGUCAGCCAUGAAGAGAUCGAUGUGAGUCAUCCUGAGUUUUUCAUUACAGCAAAACAAAAUGGUUAUGUUCCUCCAAACAAAGAGGAUUGUGGGCAGCCUGGAUUUACCUUGGCUGAAAGAGCACGAUUUGGUACCAUCUUAAGAGAGGGAAAGCUGGUAGAUGCCUACAGAUUUCUGCACAAGAAUAAGGACAUGGAGCAAGGCUUCUCAUGGUCUGGAAACCCGAUUGGGAGGUACCGUGGAAAACGAAUGAGAAUAGACUAUUUUUUAGUUUCUGAUAAACUUGAAGAAAAGAUUGUUGCGUGUGACAUGCACGGACAAGGGAUAGAGUUAAAAGGUUUCUAUGGAAGUGAUCAUUGCCCAGUUACCUUGGAGCUCUCUCCUAGUUCCAACUCUCAAAAUGAGGAUUCAAUAUAA